GUGCAUUUUCAUUUUGUCCGAUCCUGCACCAGGAAGUGUUUUAGUUUUGGAUUUUGGUUAAAUCAUUUUAUAAUUAUUGCCGUUUGUUAUGUUUGAUACGAGUGAUAUUUUUGAUGAUAUAAGAAAUACAUUACAAACAUUUCUCGUUGAAUUUUAUCAAAAUGUUUUGCUAAAAUGUUUUAAUGAGCUGAAAAAUUCAGACGCUCAGUUAUCGGCCCUUCUUCUGCUUGCACUCUGGCUGAUUAUCAACAUAUUUUUAUUGCGCCUGGUUUGGAGUUAUUACGGCGACGACGUCUAUCAAAUACUGAUGCCCCAGGGUUUAUGUAGACAGACUUCAGAAAACAAGGAAGCAAAUGCUGAAAAUGGACAUUUGAAAAGGGAUUAACUUACUUUGACUCAAGGUCAUCACAGAAUAAACUGAUAUUUAUUUACUCGAUUUAAGGAGAGAAAAGCAAAAUGGCAUCAGCCAUAAAAAAAUUCUUUCAGAAAAAGAAACUUGAUGUAAAGUUCAAGAAGGCCGGAGAGGGUUACAGGCUGACUGAUGACACAAGCCCUGGUUAUUCGCAAUCUCGGCCAUCCCCACAAGCCAGUGCCAGUCCCAGGAGACAUCAGGCUACAGAAGAUUCUCGGAUAGCAGGAGCCGCAGCUCUGCAUCGGAUUGAAGCCACUCAGCCAAAAGAAUUUGACCAAGCAGCUGUUGCCAGGGCACGAAUCCGUCGUCAGAUAGAGGCUGAAAAAGCUGCACUGGAAAAGUCCCAGUCAACAGGAUCCCCAGAAGCAUGUAAACCAAACACAGUUGUCCAAGAUGCCGCUCCAGUAUUGAGUGUCAUCAUGUUCAAAUGUCCAGAAAUUGGUCCUCAGGUGAUGCCAAAAGCCGAGAUGGAGAGUCACAUCGAGGAGUUCUUACUGACUAACCUAGCGGACGAACCCGAGAUGACGUCAGCGCUGAUGAUACACACUUUAAACAAGGACAAGGAGAAAGUGAAGACCUGCAUAGACACGUUGAUCAAGUAUAUCGACAAUAUUAUCGCACACCCUGAAGAGGAAAAGUAUCGCAAGAUUCGAAUUAAUAAUAAAGUAUACCAGGAGAGGAUUUCCGACUUGAAAGGCACCGAGGAAUUCAUGCAGGCUGCACGGUUUUGUAUGACAACGUUACCUGUUGAUGAUCACGAGGAAGUUUUUUACGUCUUGGAUGCAGAGGAAGCUAAAAAAACUGAACGUCUGGAAAACAUAAAGGACGUACUGCUUGCAGCCGAGCCAAUUAGGCCACAGCUAGACAGAUGUCUCAAAGUCUUUCACCCAUCUGCAUUAACAUCUAAAUUUGACAUUCCUGAUGAAUUUUAUUCCAUUUCUCCCGAGGAGUUUAAGAAGGAGCAGCAACGUAGGAUAGAGGCUUCAGAAAAAUUAGGAAUGUUGCGAACCAAGGCCAUGAGGGAGAGAGAUGAGCAUCGUGAGUUGCGAAAGUAUCGAUACACGCUGCUCCGAGUGAAGUUUCCCAACAGUGUUGUACUGCAAGGGACGUUCAGAGCACUGGAGAAACUGUCCAAACUGUUUAACUACGUGAGAGAGAACCUCAAUAGUGACUGGAUGCCUUUCCAGCUGGUGACAGCGACCGGACAGAAACUGACCGAAGAGAAUCUGUCCUUCGCAGAGCUGGGUUUGGUUCCCGCGGCAGUUGUGAAUUUCUCAUGGGAUCCCACGAUAAUGAAGGAGAUCGCUGCCCAGAAGGGAGAAGCACAGACUAACGUCUUCCUGAAACCGGAAGUUCACGCUCUCAUAGAGAGGUUGUAGCACAUUCAGUGUGGCUGAUCAGUAGAUAUAGUUCUUAGUAUUUAAAAGAGAUUAUUUAAGAAAAAGAUAUUUCUUCUAACAUCCUUUCAUCAUACUGAGGAGUUUGAAAAAUAUUCUUCUGAUUAUUCUCUAUUGCCACGGUUUGUACAGAAUGCUACGAGUUUGUAAUUUAAAUCUUACCUCAGAAUUUACACCGAUGAGACAUGAAUUGUAUUGUACACAAGACACAAGGCCAUGUAAUGUUAUUUGUUAAAAUUUCGUCUAGUCUUACCUGGUUUUACUACACGUUUCAACAAAACUUUUUCUCAAGUAUUAUUUUACAUUUGGUUUUGAUUUUGGUAUGAACAAAUUUCAGUCCAGCUAGCCUGUACAUUACCUCAAUAUGUAUGUUCACUAGGUUUGCAUGCUUGUAAUUACAAUGUGUCUCCUUUGUGAUAAUGUUUUUGUUUUAAUUUAUUAAGUGACCUUUAACAGUUAUCAACAAACCAUAUGCUGAAGUGAAUUAUUAUGCCUACUUUUCAUGCAGUGUGUUUGAUAAUGAAACUAAUAAUGCUGUAUUUGCAUAAAUGGUUGUGCUACAGUAUGUAUUGAAAGACGAAAAACACAUCCCUUAAAUGUUGUUUAUAAAUAUUGUAAUUUUACUUUUUAGUGAUCAUAAUCAUGUUGCUCACUUCAAGUAUUUUAUUAGAUAAAAUUCCUCUGUAAAUCAUUCAAAGGGUUCACUUUCAGUGGUCCAGUUGACUAACUGCCAGUUUUGGAUAACACUUGCUCCAGUAUGUAUAUUCCUUGGCUAAAUAAAGCUACUUUUCAGAAAAUGUGGCAAAUUAAAACAAAAAAAAACCAGAUUAUAAUUAUUCCAGGAUGAGAUCUUCAUGCUGAAAGUAAAAACCAGUGUAUCAUUUUUCAUUAACUUGGAUGUUUGAGGGAUCUGCUUUGAAUAAAUGUGCAAUAAGAAUACAUAAGUGUUUUAGUUAAAGGGACAUUCCUGAGUUUGCUGCAUUGUAAAAUGUUUCCGAAUAAUAAAAUAUUUCUACGAUUAAACUUACAUAUUAAAUAUAUUUUCUUGUUUAUAAUAUCAUUGUCUGUA